AUGGCAACCGUUCAGUAUGCGCCGUGGUCCUCCGACAUCGAGCUGGCGUUCUACGCCUCGCUGGCCUCGCUGAAGAUCAACCACGACAAGCUCGACGACAGCGCGCGCAAGAUCUUGGGUCUGUACGAAAUCAGACCGACCGACACGCCGGAGCGCUCGUCGCGCAUGCAGAUUCUCGGCUCAGCUCUCACCACUGACGAACCGCCAGCCGGCUACUAUCGCGCCGAGGGCAUCCUCAAGAACGUCAACACCAUCGAAGCUUACAAGAACCUCGACCGCGCCCAGGCCAUCGAACGCGCCGGUCGUAUCAUCUGGGAUGCCAUCAACGACGGCACCAUCUACUCUUGCCCCUCUCUGCUGGCCUCCUUCUCAGCCGUCUCUUUCGCCGACUUGAAGAAGUACAAGUUUACUUACCAUUUCGCCUUCCCCGCCAUCCACUCGGACCCGCCGUGGAAGAGUUCCGGUUCCAUCCCUAAGCUCACCCCGGCCGAGACGACGGGCUUGGUCGAUGCGGUCCAAACUUGGAGGUACGGCGUGGACUCGCGCCAGCAUGGUUUCUUUCUUGCCAAAAAGCUGAGGCAUGUUGCGGGUCAUCAUCAUCAUGAGAACGACGAGCAGGAAGAGCGGCCCAAGACACCGCAGACUCCGGGCCUAAUGGAAGAAUUUGGCUACACCUGGCAGGUCGGAUCGCUCGCUGGCUAUGAGCAGGGCUUUUUCAAUAACGCCAAUUUGGAGGACCGCUUCGUCUGCUUCGCCGAUCCCUCGACGUAUGAAAAUAAUCCCGGAUGGAUGCUGCGCAACUUGCUCGUCCUGAUCCGUCAGCGGUGGAAGCUUAACGACGUCCAAAUUCUCUGUUACAGGGACACCCACCGAACGCGCGAUACGUCAAAGAGUAUCAUCAUCAACCUAAAGUCACCGCAGCCGGCGGGUAUCGAGGUGGAUACUUCCCUCGAGACAUCUACUGACAGCAUUUCGUCCCGUCCAAAGAGCCCGAAGAUGCCCAAGGUUACCGGAUGGGAACGGAACGAGGCAGGAAAGCUGACGAGCCGACUCGUCGAUCUCUCGGCGUACAUGGACCCCACGCGUCUUGCAGAUCAAGCUGUGGACCUUAAUUUGAAGCUCAUUAAAUGGCGCAUAGCGCCAGGUAUUGACUUGGAUGUCGUCAAGAAUACCAAGUGCUUGCUGCUGGGCGCCGGAACAUUAGGCUCUUACGUUUCUCGUAACCUGAUGGGCUGGGGAGUCCGCAAAAUUACCUUUGUCGACAAUGCCACGGUCAGCUUCUCAAACCCCGUGCGGCAGCCACUUUUUGACUUCAAGGACUGUCUUGAGGGUGGCGCAAAGAAAGCUUGGCGGGCUGCGGAAGUAUUGCAGGAAAUUUAUCCCGGUGUCGACUCAGUCGGCCACGUCAUGUCGGUGCCAAUGGCUGGCCACCCGAUCCUGGAUGAGAAGAAGACGAAAGAGGAAUUCGAGACUCUGAAGAAGUUGAUUGACGAGCACGAUGCCAUAUUCCUUCUUCUCGAUACUCGCGAGAGCAGAUGGUUGCCGACCUUGAUGGGCAAGGCUGCGGGAAAAAUCGUGAUGAACGCGGCGCUCGGUUUCGACACCUUUGUGGUCAUGAGGCACGGAUUGAAGCCUGGCGGGCCUGGCGAGGAGGAAAUGGGCUGUUAUUUCUGCAAUGACGUGGUCGCCCCUGCCGAUUCACUCAAAGACGCCACUCUCGACCAGCAAUGUACAGUCACACGUCCCGGCAUCGCGCCGAUCGCCUCGGCAAUGCUCGUAGAGCUUCUCGUCAGCAUUCUGCAACAUCCUCUGCGCGCUCAUGCCCCUGCACCGACCAACCCGUCUCCCGAUAAUGACCCGAAGGCCGCUUCUUCGUCGUCGGCCAAGCCAGCCUUUGACCAUCCCCUUGGUCUGGUGCCUCACCAGAUUCGCGGUUUCCUCUCGUCGUUCAGCAACUUGGCUAUUCGUGGCCAGCCUUACGACUGCUGCAGCGCUUGCAGUGACCGCAUCGUCGAGCGCUACCGCAAUGAAGGUUGGGAUUUUGUCAAGCGCGCCUUGAACGAAAAGGGCUGGGUUGAAGAAGUGAGUGGUUUGAAGGAAGUUCAGCGCAGGGCCGAGGAGAUGGCGGCGGAGGUUGAAUGGGAUGAGGAGGAUGAAGAUGACGGCAGUGGUGAAGGCGAGUUGAUUUGA